GGCCUCCCUGGGGCCCCUUCCCAUCACUGUCUUUUGAACCCACUGUUGGGUGAGUGUAAUUGGUUCUGCACCAGCCCCCCUCCUCGGAGGAGGUCGGCGAGGGGAAGGCAGGAAGAGCAGAGAGGGAGGUGAGGAAGAGCAGGUGCAGAGCAGCUGUGAGUGAAAGGAAUGAAAACAGGCACUCUGUCUUCCUCUGUGGUUAGCAGGCAAACAACCGGAGAGCCCGGCUGAUGGAGGGCGGCAACAAAGGGCAGGGAGGAUGUGGAGGUAGCAAGUUCCAGAGAUGUAACAGUACAAGGAAUGGGCCAUCUACAAUAGCAGCACGGAGAUCCCCUCACAGGAAAGUCACUUCUGUUCCACAGAGGAGGGACCCCUACUGACCUCCUUCAAGGCGAUAUUCAUGCCUGUGGCCUACAGCCUCAUCUUCCUCCUGGGGAUGAUGGGAAACAUCCUGGUGCUUGUGAUCCUGGAGCGGCACCGGCAUACUCGAAGCUCGACCGAGACCUUCCUGUUCCACCUGGCUGUAGCUGACCUUCUCCUGGUCUUUAUCCUGCCUUUUGCAGUGGCUGAGGGCUCUGUGGGCUGGGUCCUCGGGACCGUGCUCUGCAAAGUUGUGAUCGCGCUGCACAAAAUCAAUUUCUACUGCAGCAGCCUGCUGCUGGCCUGCAUAGCCGUAGACCGUUACCUGGCCAUCGUCCACGCUGUCCACGCCUACCGCCGCCGCCGCCUCUUCUCCAUCCACAUCACCUGCGCCACCAUUUGGCUGGCCGGCUUCCUGUUUGCCUUGCCAGAAGUCCUCUUUGCCAAGGUCGGCCAACCUCAUAACAAUGACUCCCUGCCACAGUGCACCUUCUCUCAAGAGAACGAAGCUGAAACCAAAGCCUGGUUCACCUCCCGUUUCCUCUACCACAUUGGGGGCUUCCUGCUACCAAUGCUGGUGAUGGGCUGGUGUUACGUGGGGGUGAUACACAGACUCUGUCAGGCCCAGCGGCGUCCUCAGCGGCAGAAAGCAGUCAGGGUGGCCAUCUUAGUGACAAGUAUUUUCUUUCUUUGCUGGUCACCCUACCACGUUGUCAUUUUCCUAGACACACUGGAGAGACUGAAGGCUGUGGACAGCAGCUGCGAACUGAGUGGCUAUCUCUCCGUGGCCAUCACCGUGUGUGAAUUCCUGGGCCUGGCCCACUGCUGUCUCAAUCCCAUGCUCUACACCUUCGCUGGUGUAAAGUUCCGCAGUGACUUGUCUCGGCUUCUGACAAAGUUGGGCUGUGCUGGCCCAGCCUCCCUUUGCCAAGUUUUCCCCAGCUGGCGCAAGAGCAGUCUCUCUGAGUCGGAGAACGCCACCUCUCUCACCACCUUCUAGAACUUCCACAACCCCCUUUCCGUUUGUUUGCCUUGGUAGCCUGGAGUGAUGCUAGAAACCUGGGGUUCUAAGAGCUUGUUUGGGCCAUGUCCCCAGAUGGGACAGCUAGAGAACUCUAGAAUGUCCCUAAGCUCUUUUGCCAGCCCUCAGGCUAACUGGGAGCCCUGGAAGAGGAAAGCAGCCCAAAGGCAGAGCAAGGACUAUCUAGACUGCCUGCAUCACCUUGGCUAAGAGCCCUCCACAUACCUCUCAUCCUAACCAGCCAAAUGUGAGAAUCAGCUUUAUUUCUCCCCAGCCAUAGGAAAAACCACUCGGCCGGCGGCGCCUACAGUCUCAUCUCCCUCUGGUCAUGGACCCCAGGAUCUCCUCCCACAAUGCACUCCAUCAUCUAAAAGGUUGCCACAUGCCACAGCUACCCACCACUUCUAUUCCACCGAGGAAUAGCCAGCUGGCAGCAGAGUGUGACCUUACCAUGCCUGUCUCCAAAACACAAGCUUUGUGCCAGCCCUUCAACCCUGCUGUUUGUUCUCUUAAGCAAACAGGAAACUGAGACUGAUCUACUUUAGGCAGCUGUCUAGCUCCAACCAAACCAGCAUCGGGUUGGCCCCACGUUACUGGAUCUUGGACUACAGACCAAGGACAGACUCCAGAAGGCCCCGGAGGCUAGCCAGUGUCCUAAGAAGAGUAGAGGACAAGCCAGCAGUCAAGCAGUCCGGUGGAGAAAUGGAAAGAUACUUUGGCUCCAGACUCCAAAGA